AUGAAGACCCGUCGCCGCGCAUCCUUGGCGCUGCGCCAGGUGGUUAUCAACAACACCGAAGAAGCGCUCAGACACCGCAGUGGAGGUUUAGUGCAGGACUUCCUCCGCAGGGAUAGCGAGGCCACGCGGCAGCUCUCCGACGAGCUGAACCGAUUUCUGAUCGAUUCGUCAGGGAGCGAGGAGGAGGGGUCCCGACAGCAGGUGGCCGCUUCGGAAUGGAAAGAGAAGAGGCAACGGACCCAUAUCUUUGCGGACCGCUCUUUUUGGCGGAGAGCCAGACAGAUUGCAUGCUUUGAGUAUGUCUCCGAGCAGAUGCGAAGUAGCAUCAACAUCUAUUGGAAGGAAAGCCUCAAGGAUGCGGUGGACGGACGCCAGCGAGCGCAGAUCCAAGCCAGGGAGAUUUUAAAACUGGUGCAGAAAAGCCGCGGCCUAGAGACAGCUGUGGACUUUCAAGUGGGCCUGCUCUCCUUCCGCGCUGUCUUGCGAGACCGGCGCGAGGCGGACGCAGCGCUGACCAACAAGCUCCACCGCGAUGGUAAAGGCGCCCAGGAUUUUUGGAGCAUCUACCAUAAGGAGGACAGCAAGCGGCUUUCCCCCAGUCCCGGUUUGCCAGCCCUUCCUGCAGCCAUGGCCACGACGGCCACCAUGGCCACGGGUCGAAGCAGCUUUGCGGGCACGGCCAGCACGACGUUCACAGAAGGAGAGGUUUCUGCAAAAUCAGAGGAGAACAAGGAGCCAGCUCAGCGCCACGCAGCGCUGAAGUCCAAAAGCUCCCAGGUGGCCCGCAAGGUGCUGCAGCACCGCUGCGAGAUCCAGCAGAAACGGACGAAACCCGUCCCCAAGGCCUCGAAGAUGCGGAGCAUCCCAGAGAUCCAGGAGCAGGGCUACUUUGACCUGGGUCGCUUUCUUGAGCCCAGCCAGCGGCGGCGGCUGGCAGGUGCCAAGGAGCCUGCGCCCCGCCAGCCGCUCUUUGCCGGCACUGCCUCGCCUAAGCAGGUGGGGGCCGAUUUCACCGACCACUGGGGAUUCAGUAGCACAAUUUAA